GUUGAUUCAUGCCUGAGCACACUUAGGAGGUUCUUGUUGCUUUUGAUACAUCUUUGAUGCAAGGAUUACCAGAGGUUACUCUAUCGUCGACGACAAAGUCAGGGGCAUCGAAUCAACACUUCGUACCAGGUGUAGCUAUUGCUACCGCCGUCAUGACAUGGAUGGUGUACGAUAUGAUUCUAACCUUGGGCGAUGAGCACGACAUUAUCUGGAGUGGUUCAUGGACGCACCUUAAAUCCCUUUACAUAGCAUUCAGGGUCCUGAUGCUCGCAUCCCAGAUCUCGGUUACGAUGCUUUCCAUCAAUCUGGACCCGACCAACAUAAAGGUCCUGUCAUGGACGCAAUGCGAAGGUCUUGUAAUUUGGCAGGCCGUAGCAGGUUUUAUCAUGCUGUGUCUCAUGCAAAUUAUCGUGACCUUGCGAGUACGCUCGCUGUACCGGAACAACCGACGGAUGUCCAACUGCCUCUGGAUCUCGCUCAUACUGGCGAUAAUAUUGGAAGUAAUCGUAUUUAUCAUAUUUAGGCCCAAGCAAUUCUUCUGCACCUUUGGGGGCGACCUACCUGUAACACAGAGGUAUGGUUUCGGCCUGUUCGCGCAGCUGGCAUACGACUGCAUCCUCUUCAGCCUCUCUAUAUACAAGUUCCACACUUCCCUUCGGCCUGUGUGGAGGAACGCUCCUCUCGUGACGAAGUUCAUGCAGCAGGGUAUUUGGGCGUUCGCUCUACCUACCAUUGCAAUAAUCGUAAACAUCGCCUGCUCGAUAGCCUAUGAUGGACGAUAUGCGCCUUACGCACUGCCAUGGCUCAACGCCAUGGUCGGCUUUUCUGGCUAUCGUUUGAUCCUUCAUACGCACCAAAUGCUUAUGAGCGCUCCAAUUAACGCACCUGUUGAGCUCGACUCGCUCAGUAUCCCAGAUUUCUAUCCAUCAUGCCCUACGGCUUCUAGCCACGAGUGUCCUACAUCUUAUAGCCACGACAUUGAUCCGCCCUACGACGUUAGACGUGCUAUGGGGAUCAGCUGCCCGUCCGAGUUUGAAGUCGAGCAUCCGGAAGGGGAGAUCAUAGACGAAGUACGAGGACCGAGAUUUUCGCAUCCGAUGCAUCAAGAGCCGUGACAGAUACCAGCUUGUAAUU